AUGGUUGAGAUAGUUCAUGGUUUCCGCACUCUCAGCACUAUUACUUCUAUUUCUUUAGCUCAACUUAUCCCUCUCCCUGAAAAGAUAAAGUCCGUCGCCACCAUCGAAACCUCUAAACACCUUGGUUACUCCUCUUUCCUUCCCUCUGAUAUUCCACUAGAAAAACCCUCUCCCCCGUCGUCUCUAUUACAUCCGUCCCUUCGUACCCCUAUUACCUUCACCGAGAUAAGCUCGAUGGAGGAAUUUUCAUCCCUUAGUAUAAAUUAUUCCUACCAUAUAUUCACAGAUGGCAGUAAACACGAUGGCGUUGUUGGCGCGGCAUUUGUGGCAUUUGAUCCAUGCGAAGUUUACGUCACUAAAAAAUUUAAAUUACACCCCUCCUGUUCUGUAUUUCAAGCUGAAAUGCUUGCAAUCCACAAAGCAUGCGAGUGGAUUGCCUCCAAUAGUAAUAACAUUAACUCCUGUAUCAUUUUCUCAGACAGUAAAUCUUCUUUACAAGAAUUAUCAAACCCAUAUUCAUAUAAUACUUUUGCCGUUAACAUCUUUCACCUCCUACAUACUUUAUCGUCUAGUAAUAUUAAUGUCGGCUUCGCAUGGGUCAAGGCACACAUAGGCAUAGCUGGCAAUGAGAUCGCUGACAUUGCUGCGAAAUCUGCUGCCUCCCUUCAUAAAUCACCUGACUUUAUCCACACCCCUAUUUCCCACAUUAAACUCCGUUUACGCGACUCACUUAUGGACUCUAGAAAAUCAUUCUACGAACAACCCCUUACCUCUUGUCAUACUAAAAAAUACCUUCCGACAUUUGAUGACCUCUCCGCAUUCCUCUCUGUUAUUAAACCCUCUUUUGCCAUAACUCAAUUUCUUACCAAUCACUCCUUCAAUAAAUCUUACCUUCAUAGAUUCAACAUAACGCCCGACGAUCUCUGCCCUUGUGAUAGUGCUGAGAAACAAACAUUUGAUCAUCUAAUAUUCUUCUCUCAACUUAUCCCUCUCCCUGAAAAGAUAAAGUCCGUCGCCACCAUCGAAACCUCUAAACACCUUGGUUACUCCUCUUUCCUUCCCUCUGAUAUUCCACUAGAAAAACCCUCUCCCCCGUCGUCUCUAUUACAUCCGUCCCUUCGUACCCCUAUUACCUUCACCGAGAUAAGCUCGAUGGAGGAAUUUUCAUCCCUUAGUAUAAAUUAUUCCUACCAUAUAUUCACAGAUGGCAGUAAACACGAUGGCGUUGUUGGCGCGGCAUUUGUGGCAUUUGAUCCAUGCGAAGUUUACGUCACUAAAAAAUUUAAAUUACACCCCUCCUGUUCUGUAUUUCAAGCUGAAAUGCUUGCAAUCCACAAAGCAUGCGAGUGGAUUGCCUCCAAUAGUAAUAACAUUAACUCCUGUAUCAUUUUCUCAGACAGUAAAUCUUCUUUACAAGAAUUAUCAAACCCAUAUUCAUAUAAUACUUUUGCCGUUAACAUCUUUCACCUCCUACAUACUUUAUCGUCUAGUAAUAUUAAUGUCGGCUUCGCAUGGGUCAAGGCACACAUAGGCAUAGCUGGCAAUGAGAUCGCUGACAUUGCUGCGAAAUCUGCUGCCUCCCUUCAUAAAUCACCUGACUUUAUCCACACCCCUAUUUCCCACAUUAAACUCCGUUUACGCGACUCACUUAUGGACUCUAGAAAAUCAUUCUACGAACAACCCCUUACCUCUUGUCAUACUAAAAAAUACCUUCCGACAUUUGAUGACCUCUCCGCAUUCCUCUCUGUUAUUAAACCCUCUUUUGCCAUAACUCAAUUUCUUACCAAUCACUCCUUCAAUAAAUCUUACCUUCAUAGAUUCAACAUAACGCCCGACGAUCUCUGCCCUUGUGAUAGUGCUGAGAAACAAACAUUUGAUCAUCUAAUAUUCUUCUCGGCAGCCGCCUGCAGGGUCAUAAAAAGGGUGGCAUUGGACGGCGAAACAACACAGGUUUUAACGGGGCAUGGUGGUUUAGCCGCAUAUCUCCACAGGUUCAAACGUAAGGACAGCCCCGUUUGUGCGUGUGGAGACGAGGAUGAAACGGUGCCCCAUUUGUUGGUUCGCUGCCCAAUCCACGCCUUAGAAAGACACAAACUGGAAAACCGACUUGACAUUGACAUGACAGAAAGUAACUUAAAAAUAAUCAUGAUGGACGACGGGAUGAGGCCUCCUUUGCUACAAUUCUGGAGUCCGGGUUCGGCAGCCUCGCCGGGGAUCGCCCUCGGACGGGGGCAUCGGGGACGGAAGAGCGGGUCGCGGCAGAAGUGGACGGAACCACCCUACCUGGACCCUUUGGUCCCUUCUUCUUCGCCGCCGCAGCGGCCGCAGGAAGGUCCCUGCCUCUUCCGUCUGCCGCCAAUGGCGGCCUGA